AUGUCUGAUUUAGAAGAUGAUUUAUUGGCGUUAGCUGGUGUUGGAAGUGAAGAUGAAGAGGAAAAUGAUAAUGUUAAAGUUUCCACUAAAAGAAGUAGAGGUGGCGAAUAUGAUAGUGAAGAUGAAGACGAUGGUGUGACAACUAAAAAGAAAAGAAAUAUUAAAUAUGAUGUUGGAGAGGAAGAGGAAGGGGAUGAUGAUGAUGAUGGUUAUAUUCCUGGUGGUGCAUAUGCGUCUAAUAAUGACCAGCAAAAGGAAGAAGAAGAAGAAGAGGAAGAAGAAAACCCAUUUCCCAUCGAAGGUAAAUAUAAAUCUGAAGAUGAUCGUGAACAUUUAGAAUCAUUACCAGAAAUGGAACGUGAACAGAUUUUAUAUGAAAGAUCACAAAUUAUGCAGAAGUACAAAGAAAGAACUUUAUUCAGACAACGUAAAGAAACAGAAAAAAGAUUAAGAAAGAAAACCGAUGCAGUUGAAGCAAAUAGGACUCGUAAAAGAUCAUCUGCCACGACAGCAUUGAGAAAAGACAUAAAGUCUUCCAAAUUGACAGAAUUGAAAAAACAAAGAGCUAGAAAGAAUAGAAGUAGUGGUUAUGCUGAUGAUGAUGAUGAUGAGUAUCAGAACAAUUCUGAAGAAGAAGAAGAAGAAGAAGAAGAAGAAGAAGAAGAUGCUUAUGUAGAACAAGAAGAAGAUUAUACCGACGAAGAUGACGAUUAUGAUCCGUAUGAUACUGGCCGUAAUAACAAGGUCAAGCGAUACCAUUCUGAUGAAUUAGAUAAUAAUUUUGGAGCAGAAGAAGUUGAAUGGGCCGAGGAACAGGUUGCUCAAUUGGAAGAUUAUAAUAAAAUCAAAGUUGGCCGUUCACUAAUUGCUAAAUUUUGUUUCUAUCCUGAUUUUAAUGAUAUUGUUAAAGGAUGUUAUGGACGUGUUAACGUUGGACUUGAUAAGCACACUGGUAGUUCCACUUAUCGAAUGGUUAAGAUUGAACGUGUUUUUUUACAAAAACCAUAUAAUAUGGGGAAUUUUUUCACAAAUCAAUAUUUUGGUGUUACCCAGGGUAAAGAUAGAAAAGUAUUCCCAAUGAAGUUUUUCAGUGAUGGACCUUUCACUCCGGCGGAAUAUGAAAGGUAUAUGAAUCAGUUGGACAAAUAUGAUAUGUCAAAGCCAUCGGUCCAGGAUUUGAAAAAUAUUUACGAGGACUUGACUGCUUUUAUGCAGCAACCAAUGACUAACAAAUUAACAGAUGAGAUAGUGCGUAAUAGGUUACAAUUCAAUAAAAAAUUAUCUGGUACCAAUGUCAUAUUGGAAAAAUCCGUUUUAAAAGAAAAACUUCAAUACGCGCAAGAUUCAGGGAUUGAAAAGGAUAUAGCUAAAUAUUCUUCUCAAUUAAGAAAUUUAGAAAAAAGAUUGAAUUCGUAUGAAAAACAUCAUGAGAAUGACUAUACCGGUACAAAGAAAUUGGGACUUUUAACUUCCAAAAACAAGAAAAUAAACAUAGAUAAGAUGAGGGAAGCACAAAAAUUUAACGAGACUAAUAUUGCUAGUAAGGAUACAAGGACCGAUCCAUUUAGUAGAUUGAAAACUAGAACUAAGAUUUAUUAUCAAGAAAUACAAAAGGAGGAAAAUGCUAAAGCUAAAGAAGAUGCUAGGCAAAAGAAAUUGGAAGAAGAUAAAGAGGUAGAAAAGAGAAGGGAAAAGGAACUUUUGCUGUCCAAGUUUAGAAGAUUGGGCGGUUUAGAAGAUAUAAUUAGUAGUAUUGAUAUAGUUUUUUGA